GCACCCUGAGCGCGCCUGCUCGGCUCACGUGAUGCAGCGUGUAGCGCUCGCCCCCGUGCCCUGUCAUGUGACUCAUUGUUUGCAGUGAGAGCUGUGGGAACCCGGAAGCGCAGUCAGUGUGGCAGAGAGUCACUGAGCGAGUGACAUCGCCUGCCAGGACCUGCAGGUGGGGGGGAGAGCGGCUGCUAUGUGGCGGCCCCGAGCAUGGUUCAAUGCCCUGAGGACUUCGUUCAGGAGAGACGAGCAGCCGCCUUACCUGAACGAUGCCACCGGCUUCGACUUCUCGGAGGAGAUGGGGGACGGGGAGGAACAGCUGCCUCGCUUCAACAAGCUGAGGGUGAUGGUGGGGGACGAACCGCUGGCUGCUAACGGGGGCCGCCUGAGCCUGUCCUCGGACGACGAGUCCCUGCUGGACCGGGACAACCCAGUGCAGGCCCGAGCCAAACCCGAACCGUGCGAGAACUGCACAAAGGAGAGGGAGAGGAGAAGCCACAGCAAGGCUAAGAGGAGGCUGGGGCUGGCUGCACUGCUCUACCUGCUAUUCAUGGUGGCAGAGCUUGUAGGUGGAUAUGUUUCCAACAGCCUUGCAAUCAUGACGGAUGCCCUUCAUAUGCUUACUGACCUUAUCAGUAUUAUUCUGACCUUGCUUGCAUUGUGGUUGUCGGAAAAGUCUCCAACUAAACGUUUCACUUUUGGAUUCCACCGCUGUGAGGUCAUGUCUGCCGUUAUCAGCAUGAUACUGGUGUAUGUGCUUACAGGUAUCUUGUUAUAUGAAGCAAUUCAGCGUACUAUUCACAUGGAUUACACCAUUAAUGGAGAUGUGAUGCUAAUAACAGCAGCCGUGGGUGUUGCUGUGAACCUCAUAAUGGGCGUUUUGUUAAAUCAAGCAGGACAUCUUCAUUCCCAUUCUCACAGUCCCACGAUUCAGACCCACAGCCACCAAAGCCAUAGCCACAGUCACAGCCACAGCGGUGGCAGCCUGGCAGUACGAGCUGCAUUUGUGCAUGCGCUCGGAGAUCUUGCUCAAAGUGUUGGCGUACUUAUAGCUGCUUACAUAAUUAGAUUCAAGCCAGAGUACAAGCUUGCCGACCCAAUCUGUACAUAUGUAUUUUCUAUACUUGUCGUUAUUACUACUUUGAGGCUAAUACGCGAUACAUUUCUCAUACUACUUGAAGGAGUUCCAAGGCACCUAAAUGUGGAUCUUAUCAAAGAUGACUUAAUGAAGAUAGAGGACGUGUAUUCAGUUGAAGAUAUUAAUGUCUGGUCUCUCACCACAGGAAAAUCAACUGCCAUCAUUCGUUUACAACUAAGUCCCAGUUCCUCAGCAAAGUGGGAGGAAGUACAGCGCAAAGCAAGGCACGUACUACUGAACACACACAAAAUGUACAAGUGUUUUAUCCAAAUGCAAAGCUAUAGGCAAGAGGAGACCUCCAUUUGUACUAAUUGCUCCAAUGCCUGAGUCCCAUGGAUUCUGCCUUACCACUGACAGCCCAAGUCUGGACGACAACAAAAGCAAUAUGUGUUAAUCUUUUACUACGAUUAUGGUGCAGUCACUGGUGGUUGCAUCAUAUAUCUUUAAAAGGAGCCUUGUUUUAUAACAAACUGUGAUACUUAUGGUGUAUCCGAAGAAAUUACAGAAUUCCAGUGAGCAUUUUUUGACCGAUUUUCUAAAGUGUUGUUUACAGACUAAAAGCAAGUUUGCACAUCGUUCUCAAUCGGGGAUAUGAUAGUAUAGCACAUUUGUCAGGAUCCAAAUUAUAUUAUUUUGAUUUAUAAUAAAAAAGGUGACUGCAAAAAUGGACAUUACAGAGCCUUCAGCCUUGCAUAGCUCUUUUAGUCAUGACCAAUGAGAGGCCUAAAUGUUUAAUUCUGUACACAAUUCACGGAUGGUCAAAGUCUAAAUUGCCUUACUGCAUUUGAAAGGUUUACAGUCUUGUUCUAAGGUCAAACUGUUUACUGCCUUUUCUGUUGUAGUUUAAACCAAGUACUAAAUCAUUCCUGCGUAUGAAUAUUAACCAGGGAGGUUCUCCAUAAAAUCUCACUCCGUCAGUACGGUGCAAAACUGCAAACCUCUGUUUAUGCUGCUAACAUAUCAUCAUGUAUUGAAAUGAUUGAUUACUCACUUGUCAUUGUGUUGCUUAGCUUUGAUCCAUUUACUCCUGCUUCACAAGCUGCCCAAUUGAAUGACUUUUUGUAGUGUAAUGAUUUACAAGUUUUAUAUUGGCUUUGUAUAUUGCUUGCUGAGAACCAUAAGCUUGUUAAUGAAGUUCAACGAGUAACCCUUAUCAGUGAUAAAUCUCCUGUUGCACUUUUCCAUUGCUGUUGAUCCUUCCAGAAGUAUAUUUACAGUGUUUAAUCAGUUAUUUGUGCCAGUUAUGAGUAUUCAGAAAACGAAUUAGAGACAGAAUGCUCCCACUCCAUUAAGCACAAACAUUAAUGAAGGUCAUAGUCUGAAUUUUAAUUCAUGCAUCUUGACUGCCAGGUGGCUAUUAUGCAACAAGUAAUAUGAGUCCUAAAGUAUCUGAAGCACAUGAACAGUAUUAAAGAUAUUGCAGGAACCUGAUUUAUUUUAUGACGAAGGUUCUUUUUACUGUUGUUAUAGUUCCAGAUUGGAUUGUCUGCCUUUGGAGAAACAUAUUAUAUAGAAAUUUAAAUUUGCAAUUUACUUGGUUUUAUGCAUUGUAGUAGAAGAUAUUUGACAAAUCUUUAGUACUGAUGAAAUGCCAGAUCGAGCAUUUGUACGUACACAAAACUAAAGCAGUAUAAAGCAUUACCAUUUAUAAUGGCUACAUUGAUAAUACAUUUGUUAUCACUUUAGGACAAACUAUUUUUCAGCUGCAAACAAUACUUAGUUACAUUUUUACACUGACAAAGUUUGUAUAUAUACACAUUUGCCCUACAUUUUUUUUUUUAAAAUAUAUACAUACAUGCACACACCUCACUAAAUCUGGAGUUAAUAAUCCAGUUUGAAAAUCUAGGCCAAAAUAGCAACAUUUGAUCAUUUUCUAGAUCUGAUAUUUUGGCAAUCACAUCAGGUCUGCUUGCCUCAACUCUGUUAAGUUAAUAUGCCCCUUCUUUGCAUAUUGAUGGGGUGGGAUACAAUGGUCAGACAAUUUAAAAACUUGUGAUCCGGUGUCGCUUUUUAUAUAUUGAUAUAAUAUAUAUAUAUAAAAUUGGGUUCCAGUAAAAGUAUGCUGUUUACAGUUAAUAACGAGUGUAUGUAUAACAAUUUUAAUAAUAAAAGGCACCGGCACGGUUUCUGUAACAGAAUUUAUGGUACUUAGACUGCACAAUGCUGUGUUGUAAUAAAGUAUUUAUUACAAAAUCGUAAA